AAUUCAUUGUAACUUCUCAAAUCUUCUCUCUCUCUCUCUCUCUCUCUCUCUCAAGUGUAAAGCCUGCUUGUUCACCAAGAAACGAUAAACCUCUGUCUCUCUCUCUCUCUCUGUCUCCCCCCUCUUGUCAAGAUAUUAAGCAACUUGAAAAUGAAAGAUCGCAUGAAUGAGUUUUAAACCCACAAAAAGUGAACAGACCUUUUUUAUUUCUUAACUCACAAAAAAAAAAAGAGGAGAAAACCCAUGAAACCCACAGAUUCAUUACCGGAAAACCCAGCAAUGAAAUCCCGGAAUCAACAGAAACGAUUAUGCGAUUACUGUAACAACACAACAGCUCUCUUGUAUUGCAGAGCUGAUUCCGCCAAGUUAUGUUUCUCUUGCGACAGAGAGGUUCACUCUGCCAAUCAGCUAUUCACCAAGCACUCCCGCUCGCAACUAUGCGACGUCUGUGACAAUUCGCCUGCCUCCAUUUUCUGCGAAACAGAGCAGUCUGUUCUCUGCCAAAAUUGCGACUGGGAAACUCACAACUUGUCUGUUUCUCUCGUUCACGAUAGGAGACCCAUUGAGGGGUUCACUGGGUGUCCCACAGUGACUGAAUUGGUCGCCAUUGUUGGACUUGAAGGGUUGGGUAAGAAAGCUCUGUUUUCGAGUGAAGAUGACGGGAAACUUACGGGGUUAAAUCAGUCUGAUAUUGAUGGGUUAUCGGAGCUGCUUGUUUGGGAGACUCCGACGUUUACUAGUCUUGACGAUUUGAUUGUUUCCGGCGAGUUGGAUCACAAUUUUCGGGCUAUGGAUGUUCCUUCUCUCCCGAAUCGAAAUGCUGCUUGUGGACAACACAAGGAAGACAUACUGAGUCAGCUCCGGGAGCUGGCAAAAUCAGAAAAUUUGAGUUAUGAUAAUGAAGAUGCUGAACCUGUUGUCAAUUUCCAGUUGCUGGCAACAGAAUGGAAUAUGCAGCAUGGCAAUACUUUUGUAGGUUCCCAGCAUGAGGAAGAUCAGAUUUCCUUCCCUACUUGCCAGGCAGCUGGAUUUAAAUGGAUUGGAGAUAGGGAUGAGCCUGCAGAUCAAGAUUUUCUUCCUUCAUUAUUACAAAAGUACAUCAGGGAAGAUUCUACGAUUUCUAACAAACUGAUAGAUAUUAGUGGCAGCAUAAAUCAGACUAAUGAUGUGCAUGAGAGUAUUUCACAAGAACCAAUUAGUAACAAGACCUUACCGCCUUUCCCAAGGGUUGCUCAACACGAGUUCUUGAACAGCCAGGAGAGAGAUUCUGCAAUCUCACGGUAUAAGGAAAAAAGGAAAACAAGAAGGUACGAUAAGCAGAUAAGGUAUGAAUCACGAAAGGUUCGGGCUGAAGGUAGGACAAGAAUCAAGGGGCGUUUUGCUAAGGUGGAUCGCGGAAAUACUGUCUUGAAGGAAAUUAGUGAUUCAUACACUUGAUCUCCGAGUUAUUGU